AUGGAGAAGCCAGUUCUGUCUUCGCCGAGUGCUGAUCCUUCACUGGUGUUCGUGGUGAAGGAGCACAUGUUCGACAAGGUCGUGACGCCCAGCGACGUGGGAAAGCUCAACCGUCUGGUCAUCCCCAAGCAAUACGCGGAGAAGUACUUCCCGCUGGACCCGGAGGAGAGCGACCGAGAAGGCGCGGCGUCGUCGCCGGCCGAGACCAAGAAGCUGGGGCUGCUGCUCAGCUUCGAGGACCGCGGCGGCAAGCCGUGGCGCUUCCGCUACUCCUACUGGAACAGCAGCCAGAGCUACGUGAUCACCAAGGGGUGGAGCCGCUUCGUGAAGGAGAAAGGCCUCGGCGCCGGGGACACCGUCUCCUUCUCGCGAGGCUCCGGCAACCCCGCCGCGCGCCGGCGCCUCUUCAUCGACUGGAAGCGCCGCCAGCCGCAGCCGGCGAGACCCCACCUCCGGGGCUUUACUAAUACUAUCCCGCUCCCGAGCGGGCCCCUGACCUCUCCUUUCAACUCGAUCAUGGCGUGCGGCCACCACUGGCGCGCGCGCACCGCACUCUACAACGUCAAUUGGCUGGCACCCGCCGCCGCGGCGCCGCCAAAGCCGGAGGCGCACCCGGGAGCCCCCGGCGCGACGAUGCCGCCGUCCGUGACGCUCGGUUCGCGUUCCAAACGACUUAGGUUGUUCGGGGUCAACCUAGAUUUCUGCGAGCCUCUACCGGAGUAG